AUGACCUCCACUGACUUUUUGUCCGCAGCUUCAAAUAUUUCAGGUGUGUGGCACCAAACGCAGACAGCUACCCCUGCCUGCCAAAUUGAGGGUUUUAUUAUCAUUUUCUCCAUGACAUCUUCAUUCUUCUGGACCUCUUGUCUCACGAUCCAUUUAUACCUUAUCAUAAUGAACAAGAACCAUCUCAUUUCCACAAGCAAAAAGAUGUUCAUAUUCCACGCAGUAGGCUGGGGUCUGCCGCUAAUUCUUGCGUUUAUUGCCCUCGGAGGUAAUGCGUUAGGGCCUUCGCCGGCUUUGAACAAAAAUGAAAGUUAUAUCAAGCUUACCACGGGUGGAUGGUGCUGGAUCAAAGAUUUCCACGAUGAUAGGAAAACUCUUGCGUGGACGAUGAUGACUUCGAAAUUUUGGGAGCUCUCUUCGUAUCUGCUCAUCACUGUGUUGUGUUUGACAAUUUUCCUGACACUUCGUUUCAAGAUACAAGAAACAGACUCGAUUGGCGAGGACACGUUGGCAGAAGCCAGGAAAGUUGAAAGGCGUAUGAUGUUCAUUCCAAUUGCAUUUAUCCUGCUAAGGAUCUGGGGAACUGUGAGAUAUUUUGCCUUCCUUAGUACGCUCUCAGUUAGAACCAGCGUCCUCAAGAAUAUACCGCUCUAUGCUAUGCAGGGUCUCGGGGACAGCGGCCAAGGAUUCGCAAACAGUAUUUUCUUCGGCAUUUCAAAUAAGCGAGUUUUUGAAUAUUGGAAGUACGUUAUUACAGGUUUCUUUCACGGUUUCUUGUGCUAUAAAUCUGACUCGGAAGACAGCGAACGAACUCCAAUUAUUUAUAGUUUAAACGUUGAUCAAAAGGAACGUGCUAACAACUGCUAAUGUAUCUAUAUUGAAUGGCUUGCACGGUCGGAGUAAUUAGUUUAACGAAUGAUUUUGACCAAAUACAAUUGUAUAUUUGUCACCAUUUCGUAUGAAGAAUAUUUUGAGAGCAGAAUCAUCCAGUUGACUGAAAUUAAUAAAUAAAUAAGUGGGAAAUUAAUUCUUUUUCUAUGGCUUCGGGACUUGGUAUAAAUCUAUAUACCCCUGCACUGUGCUUUAUAUAAAUAGAAUCUGUGUAUUGUAUAUGUAUUGAUCAUUUACAUGUAUAUAUUUCGCUUAAAUCUAAUAUCAACAGAUCUUCGUUUUAUGGUAUGGUAAAAAACUGUUUGAUCUGUGUUCAGUGAAAAUAACUCGAAGUUCAAAGUUUUAUAAUCUAAUGCCACAGACGAGCUACUCAACUGCCCUCAGAAAAUCAGCUGCGUCACGGUGGAAAUUUUUUCGACGUUACUUUCAG